CACUCGUCAGUCAGCGGGUCGGUCAGUCAGUCAGUCAGCAGGUGGGCGGGCGGCUGGCAGGUGGGCGGGAGGGUGCUGAGAGCCUGCUGAGUUACCACUUGUCUCCCCAACCACAUCUUCCUUACCUUUGAACCUUCCUGAGCCCAACAUGAACAUAGGAGAGCCCAGCGAGGGUGCCACAUGGCCCUGCUGAGCCUGGAUGUUAUUUGCAGCCGGUGACUUUGUAUGGAAUAUCUAAAGCCCUGAGGUAGGGUGUUGCUCGGUCGCCAUGAAGAAUGAACGCCAGGAAGAAGAGCGUAGAUUGGAGGUGAGAGUAGCGGAUGAUCGGGACUUUGAGCGGCUGAAGAAGCUUUGCGACUGUCCCGAUGGAUGGUCAAUGGCCUACGAGAACCCUCCCACCCGCGUGUACACUCGACCCACCAAGAACUCCACCUUCCACAUGAUCAAGGUCUGCACGGUGUAUGAGGACAUUGACGCCUAUGUGCUGUACGAUGUCCUGCACGACCCCCACUACCGCCAGAUCUGGGACAAGCACAUGAUUCACUCGGUCGAUGUUGGCUACCUCAACCCCAACAACGACGUCUCAUACUAUGCAAUCUCCUGUCCGGCACCCCUUAAGAACCGAGACUUCGUGCUGCAGCGGUCAUGGCUGGACACCGGGCGGGAGCUGUACGUGUUGAACCACUCUGUGUUCCACCACAAGUACCCGCCACAGAAGGGCUUCGUGCGGGGCCUGUCACACCUCACAGGCUACCUGAUCCGCCCCCUGCCCUCUGGCGGCUGCUCCUUCAGCUACGUCUCUCACUGCGACCCCAGAGGGAAGUUGCCACCUUGGCUAGUCAACAAACUAACCCAUGUCCUUGCUCCCAAGAUGGUGAAGACCCUACAUAAGGCCAGCAUACAGUACCUCCCGUGGAAGUCUCACAACAACCCAAACUACAAGCCGUGGAUUUAUCCCGAGCAGAUCAGCCUUCCAAGGAUAGCAUUCAAUCAGUGCACGAAGAGCCCAGCUGAUGAUGUGGAUGAUCUCGUGGAUGAGUCUCAAAUCGAUGAAAAGAGCUUGACCAACCACUUUUAGGCUAAGUAUCACUAAUGACAGUUCUGGCCUGUGAUAUUUUGAUCCCAAAGGUUAUGUUUGGGAAAGGCUGAAGCAGGAGCCUUUUUUCUUUUCUUCUUUUUCUUGUGACUUCUUAGGGAUUACAUUGCACCCUCUUGAGAUGCAAUCCCUAUCCUCUUUGACCCUCUGAAUAUCCCCUUACUGUCGGCUCUUUAGGCUCCUCAGUGCUGUCGUAGGUAGGUUCCUCUGCCCCUGCCUGGUGUGCUGCAGGGGCUGUCUGGUGUAGGGUUAGGGGAAGGGUGUGCAGGGAAUGGCACUAAUCACAGCAGAAAGGUUAUUUAAGUCUCUUGUUUGAAGUCGUGGUUUCAGAAUCUCAUUUAAGGUGGCUGUGGCAAAUAGCUUCUUGCCUUUUGGUUCUCUGUUAUUGAUCUGAAGGCUGAGUUUUCACACAUCUAAGUUCAUUAUGAUUUAGAUUCAUGUAGGUUGAUGUUGGAUGCAAUCUUCUUAGUUAAUUUUAACAUCGUAAUAUUUACUUUGGACACAAGGAUUGUUAUGUUCACUUACAGUUUUGUUGAUUAGUGUUUAUUUGUAGGAAAUUAAUACUAAUAUGCAAAAUGCCCAUGCAAAAAGUAAGAUACUGUAAUGUCAUUAUGCUUAGGUAUUUUAAAGUAUUGGGACGGUAAUAUUAUUCUCCGAUAUGCCUUAUCCUUCGUCUUAACCGGCAUUUAAGUAAGGAAGGAAAUGUCAUGAUGCAGAUUUAGUAAUAGGGGUGAUAUGCAACUUGUGAGUGAUGCGGAUUUAUUUCAUCAAUUGCUACGAAUAUCUUUUUAGUAACUUAUUGCAUGUACAUAGUUUGUUGCGGCCUGUGUUGCUGCGACUUGUUCUCGUUGGUUUGGGAUGCACCCAUGACACAGGCACCGGCGCCGCAGCGGGCACGGGCUGUAUAGUGACGCGUAGCACCAAGUAGACCCCAAGCAUGUGGAAAGAGUACCUAAACACUGUUACACUAUUAACUUAAAGACUCUGUGAUGACGCAAUCAUGUCCUUAGAAAAAAAUAGAACAGCCUUUUAAUCUUCAAAAUGUAUCCCCUCUGAAAGACAUACUUAAGUAGACGUAAGCAUUAGCCUACGUACCAAAAAAAAAAUUUCAGUAAUGAGGAUGUAAGUCAAAUAACUUAUUGUAUGUUUCCGAUAUUCACAAACAAAUUACUUGAAGGACGAUUACAAAAAAACGUUAGCAUAGUCAGGUCUUUGCCAGAUUUAUUCCGUAAUUGUAAUACGUAUACUACUGAGGAGAGAGUUAAGUCUAGCACAUCCGGUAGCUGUUUUAAGCCAUUUCAUGAUUAAAAACAUAUUUAUUGUAGUUUAGAUUGGUGGUAUAGAAUAAUGGUCAACUGAUGAAAGAUUUAUGGAAAGUUAGCUCGUAGAUGAACGAUUUUCAGAAUCUGGAAGUGACAGUCGCUGAAGAUCGUGAACGGGAAAGAUUAUACACUCAAGAAACAUUUGUGGGAAAAAACAGUUUAGUAAAAUGUGAGUGAAGCAAACCACCUAAAGGUAGAAAUAGUUCAGCUGAAUCAUUAAAUACAGAUAUCCAGGAUAAGUACUAUUUCAUAUAUAGAUGAUAAUGAAAGAAAUGCACAUUAUCUUCCUGGAAGCUAAGCGUAUCUUAUAAUGGAAGAUAAUAAGGAACUAGCUUGAAAAUAAAAUCCAAGAAUAUGUGUUAUUAAGGCCAACAGUAGACUGGGACAUAUGAAAAUGUUAGGAAAGGUGAACUUGCAUGAAGUGAGUCUAAUACAAAUCUUUAUUCUCUUUGUUAUAUUACCUAAGGAAAGAAGUGCAUUAAUACAUACUAGAGCUGUACUAAUGAUGCAGAAUGCUGUGCUAGAUAGAGGUCAGGCAGUGGAUCUGUCCGAGGCAAUGAGUGUGUAAGUCGAUGAAACUCAGAACUUCCCAAAGGGUUGACGCUUCUCUUGCAGGCUGCCUCCUCACCUCCACCUUCUCAUGUUUUACACCUGCUUUCUUUCUUACGCCUUCGAAGCUGUGUCAACUCGCUCCUUCAUUCUUGUGCAUCAUAUAGAUUAAAAAGUGUCACUGUAGGAAGUUUGCUUUGUUAAUUUAUCACCAUUUGAAGUAUCUAUAUUUUCUUUAUAGCUUUUCAAGAUCCUUGUGGAAAAUAGGGGAAAUUCUAAGCAUAGAUUUCAUAAUUUGUACUUACCAUAUCAAGUUACAUACAUGCAUGAAUUAAACCCUGCAGGCCUUUUGUAGCUCCAUGGGUAUGAAAUUAGUUAUUCUGGCUGUGAAUGUAAGAUACCCAACAGACUUAUUUCUAGUAUACACAAAAUUGAUUUAGUAUUAGACGGACUGUACAAGAAUAAAUGAUGGAACUAUAAUAAUCUAGCCUGACUGAGAGAAUAUGUCAACAGGUCAGCUAAUGCAUACAUCAUGUUGAAUGCAUCUCAAAUAUCAUAUCAUACAGUUUUACAAGCUUGCUUUGUAGUUAUCUUCAUUAGCAUGCUAGUACUUUGUGUGCCUUCUUUUGGGGAGUUUUGCUUCUUAUGGAGGACUUACAUAAACUCAUAGAACUCACAAAUUUGCCUGCCACCUAUAUUUAGGAACAAGUAUUUAACAUUCUCAUUUAGAACAAAUAUCAUACUUUUGGUAGCAUAGAAUGCAGCUACUUUUGUACUGCAUUCUGCUGGCACAAGGGCAGGUUUGCAUGAAUAUUCUGGUUAUAAAGUCAAAUGUUAACAGCAUCCUCAAACACUGUCAGGAAGGGCCUGUGGUGGAUGUGUUGAACCCAGGCACUUGCAGGGUGAGGAGCUGGGCUACACUGCACAGUGUCUGGCAGCUCAUAGCAGAUUGUUUGUUGUACAAGGGAAAGAAACGGCAAAGCAAAUUUUUCUAUUCAGUAAUUUGAAAAUAUUUUGUUUAGAGAAAAAAGCAUGAACAAAAAUAACAGUAUUAUUUAUCCAUUACUGAAUCUACACAGAGGGAAGCAAGUUGUCCUGAGUACUUCCCCACAACACUCAGCGCUUUGUUGUAGACACACACACACUGAGGGAAGACUUCCCUGCUCUAGGGCACUUAGUCAAUGCAUUUUUAUAACAGCUUGAAGGUGAGCAGAAUCAUACGGGUUUUUUAGACGAUAUGUGAUAAAUUUCUGUAUGUGACUCGAUAGGUUGAUGAUGAUCAUCCUGAAACUAUUAGGACAAUACUAGACUUUUAUAAGGGUAAGGGGAAAGUCCUGAACUUUUCCCCAUGUCUUAUUGUAUUAAGCAGGCAAACAUUGCAACUACAAGAUAUUUUCUCAUAAUCCAAGACUUUCAUAUUGUAUCUGCCUUACUGUCUGGGGAGAGAGUUAAUCUAAAUGUAUACUUAAAUCUCAAAUACCAAUAUUAUUGUGAAAGGUUCCAUCCAGUAUAAACUGUUGAUAUUCACACUGAAGCCACUGUAAUGUUGUUGCUGGUGUUGCUGCUACUGCCAUCCAGCAGGCCUCUGAACCAUGGUGCUGGGUUGGUGCUGGGGGUGAGGGAAGAUGCUGGGAGGUGUGAGGUGACUGGUACUGUUCCAUGGUCAGAGAAAUCGGGAAGCUAUGGCAGCAUAACGGUGGUGUUUGAUUUUAAAUCGUCUAAGAUUCACAUUUUUCUCAGCUGUCACUACUUAAUGCAAGCAUCUUUUGUGUCUAAAUGUGGUAACUGAUGAAAACAAGGCAAGAGCCUGAUGAUUAUUAUUCAAGCCUAGUGGUUGUUUUUACAGAUCAGGAAUUUCUACAUGUACAAGGUUUUAUCUGUAAGGCCACACUAGUUGUUCAUCCACCUGUGCACAGUAUUGUUCCAUUAUUACAUAGAGUUUACAGAUUCAGAAUAUCUGAUUGUUAAAGCUCCAGUUCAGAAAAUAAUUGUUGUUGGAUAGCCAUGUUUCAUUAAACUUUUCAUCACUAAUGUCACCAUCACCCAAGAUGCUGAACAACAUGUUAAUAUGAACACCACACACAUGAAUAGUUCCAGGUGCAUACUACUGAGUUUUGACUUACAAUAAUGUUAUGUACAUGUUAUCUGUUACCUGUCACAUGAGCAAGGAUGGAGUCCCAGUGGUCUGGAAUGUGCAGUGUAGUGAUGAGUGUAGCGGAAGGGUGAGUGAGUGUGGGGGCGAUGCAUGCAGACUGUGCAAGAGUCUUUCAGAUUUUUAUAUGAAACAUAGAUAGAAAAAAAUAUCCUCAUAAUAGCAUAACUAGACAAAGGUUUUUGAAAGUUCCAAACUUAAAAGUAGUCUUCAUCAGAGCCUUUCCAGGGGUGACCAGACCAGCCACAGGGCAUGCUGUGCACACAUGUAUGCCCAGCAGUGCAUACUUCAACCCACACUGUGCAUGAAAGCAAACUUAAAAAAUGGCACCAAACUUAAAUGUGUCCUGAUUAUUACUUAAUCAUAAUUAUAGAUAAUAUUUAAAUUGCAUGCCCAUCUCAGAAACCUUAAGAGAGAGCCUUCUGCCAGGGCCCAGGACUGAAGGCAAGGGUAGCAGGCUUCCCCCUCCCACGGCCACUAUGCAGGUGACCUGUACCUGAUCCUGUGUGAAGCUCAUGUGGACCAGAGCUGAUUAUUGGCUUCAUACUCAAGACAGAGUGUUGCCCCUUACACAUUUGAUUCUUUUUUGCAAAGUCUGCUCAUUUGAUAUACAGCAUCACAGUAUAUGACAUGACAGGUUGUUGUUUCUUGCCAAAUUUGCCUCAUUCAUGAAUCUUCCAUAGCAGUGUACACACACAGCUCUGUAGGACUUCUCUUACCAUGUAGAAUAUGAUACAUAAUUUACCUGCUAUAUAUUAUAGUUGUUUCACUAGUCAUUGUCAAUCUAGAAAUUUUUAACUUCAUGUUGCCCAUUUUUAACAUGUUUGUUAUUAGUUAAGGGAUUAUUAUUGUUAACAACAUUUAGUGGGGCUGAUGAAAGGGAGACAUGUUUUCUGAAAUGAGAAUGUGAGGAGUGAAAUAUUCCUCAUAUUAGACAAGCUGGUGACGGUAGAGGAAGCACAAGGUGUAAUCGCAGUGUAUUGUGUUCAAAGGGAAUAACUCUGCUAUUGUAGUCACUGUGUUCAGUUUCAUAUGCAGAAUUUUUAAAAUAUAUGUAUGUAUGUACAAAAUUUGCAGAUAAUAUUAUGGUUAUCAGAAAGCCACAUUUAACUUGCUGUCAUAAAUUUUGUAAGUGUUCAUUCCAUUAGUGAACACGUUGUUCCACAAAACUGCACACACGUAUUGCAGUUAAUCUCAAGUCAUUAUAACCAUGCAAAAAUGAUUCAUUCAACAAUUAGUCAUACUUUUAUCUAACUUUAUGAGCCACCAAACUUGAUUUUUAAUCCUUUAUAUAAUGGAUGAAUUUGGUCAGUUUAGGUUUGAGGAAUGGCAUCAUAGCGAGGGAGGUGCUGGUGUGUGGUACAGUGUUACGAGUUCUUCUGUACACUUUUAGCUGUGUUCCGGAGUCAUAGCAAGAGACUGGACCAGGCUUCCUCAACAUGACAAAUACAUACUACCGUUUUUUGAACACGUUGAGUCAUUUAAGGUUUUUGGUGAUUAAAUAUAUAAACCAGCAA